UCAAGGGAUGAUCUCUAUUCGAAGAAUGUAGGUUGAGACCUGUGUUGAGCUACUGGUUCCCUGUCAAUUUCAUGCAAAAGGGUAUUUCUUUUUCACCUGUGAUCGUGUUAAAGUGAGUAUCAGUUUCCACGGACUGCAUGAGAAGUAAGAUUUGAAGAUGCUUAGAAGCAAAAUGUCCUAGAAUGCUGAACUUCAAUGCACCACUCCUCUCAACAAGGCGUCCCAGAAACUCAAGGAGCACAAGAUUACAUGGCAGGUCACUGAGUGCGAGUGAAGAAAGAGUUCCCUUUUCGUGGGAACAAGCUCCUGGCAAGUCCAAGUAUCCAAACACAAGCGACGAUAACCAUGAUGGUGACACACCCCGGCCAAAGCUGCCCCCGGGCUGGUGGCACUGGCACAAGCCUCUUGAAUCAACUAACGUUGUUGUUCUGGAUAAAGAGAAUGAGCAGACACCUCAUGACCAUGAUGAUGGAUGUGAUGCUGAUGUUGAUGAUGAUGUUCGCGCUGUUGACUACAAUUAUGUUGAUGAUCCUGAUUUCGACGAUGAAGCCUUCUCCGAUGCCAUAGAUGUGUUCUCAUUGUCAGAGGCUAUAGACAUUGUGGAAAAGAAGGCACAAAGAGAACAUGAUCACUCAGAUGCUCUGAAGUUGAAGCUCGCAGAGUCCAGUGAGAUGAAUCAACUGUCUCCAAACUACAUAAUCGAGCGCUUUCUUCCAGACGCCGCUGCAUUGGCUGCAUCAUCUGCUAUAAAUCUAAGUGUAUCACAGAUCAAUUCAAACCAGAAACUUUGUUAUCCAUGGAAUUACCCUGAACCGGAGGCUUGCGUGUCAAGAACAGGUGGGCAAGCUCACUCUUCACCUAGGGGUUGUGGUUUCUUCCCUUGGCGGAUGAAGCAGUACAAGCUCUGUGGUAUAAAGAGCCCUGUAGUGUGUUCACAACAACCUCAGUCUAGUGUAAAACACAAAAAACAUACAUAAGCUACAAGGUUUAGUAUUCCUUGAUGUAUAGUUAUGAAAGUUUCUUCUUUUGGUUGUGGUUUUUCUAUCUGUCCAAAAUUUUAUGUACAUUCAUUCUGCCUAUUGGAUUGUAGCCUAUAAAAUUGUCAUUCAUUUAAAUCUCUAUAAUAAUGUUAUGAUGCAUAUAAAAGAUG